AUGUCUCGCAAAGAUUGGGCGGAAAAGUUAGUUGAUGCAUUGUGGGCAUAUCGAACGGCUUACAAGACUCCAAUCGGAACUUCACCAUACAAGAUGAUUUUUGGAAAAGCCUGUCACUUGCCGGUUGAACUUGAGCAUAAAGCUUAUUGGGCUUUGCAAAAGCUCAACUUAGACUAUGAGGCUGCAGCUGAGAAGAGAAUGUUUGAUAUGAAUGAGAUUGAUGAGUUUAGGCUACACACUUAUGAGAGUGUUGAUCUCUACAAGGAAUGUGCCAAGAAGAUACAUGAUGCAGCUAUUAAGCCUCGUCAAUUUCAUGAAGGACAGUUGGUUCUUUUGUACAACUCUAUGCUAAAGUUCUUCCCAGGAAAACUCAAGUCAAGAUGGUGGGAUCCCUAUGUGGUGCACAAGGUGUACCCCUAUGGUGCUGUUGAUAUCAAGUCUAAGGUCUAG